AUGGAAAUUUUAUCUAUUAUGUAUACAUUUUUUGUCAUCGCAAUAAUUACUUUAUCGACAUCACUAAAUACUAUCAUAUGCUACAUUAUAAGAAACGAAUUUAAAGUUAUUGAAUUGCCAAAUCUAUUUAUUCUCAGUAUAUCUAUAUCAGAUAUAAUUCAUGUUUUGAUUGGACUUGUUUCGGAACUGCUUGUACUACAUAAAGUAAUUUUGACAAAGAAGAGCAGUGUUUGCAUUGGAGCUGCAUUCUUAACAUUUUUCAUAACAGUUUCUAAUAGUUUGCAGAUUGUUAUCAUAUCAGUAAUGAGAAUGGUUGCACUAAAAUGCCCUUUUUUUUACAUUAAAUAUUGUAAAACAAAGAAGUUCAGAACAAUUUUAUUGUGCUUUUGUUAUACAUAUGGAUUAUUGUGGGCGUCCUUUCCUUUACUUGGAUGGUCAAAAUAUGAGGAAGAUUUGGAUAACAAACGAUGCUCCCUAGACUGGAACUUGACGCAACCAGAUUCAUCGUCAUAUUUAUUUUUUGCCUUUUUAUUUUGCUACAUUUUACCUGUAAUUAUGCUAAUUUUUGCCUACAGUUUAACAAAAAAAACAGUUGACAACCAAAGCAUAUUUAAACGAGAUCAACCAGUUAAACAAAGAGAAUUACUAGAAAAAGUUUACAUUAAGUUAUUUUUAUGGUCGGCUAUUGCUUACUUUGUAGUUUGGACACCAUAUGCAGGGGCAACCUUACUUUCAAUUUUCAAUAUUAAAAUACCAAGUCUGAUUUAUACUAUUUGCGCAUUGUUUGCUAAGCUUUCAGCAAUAUUAAAUGCGUUUACAAACUGCUAUAUUAACAGGUUUUUUCGAAAGCAUCUACGCAAGAUUGAAGUAAUCGCUUAUUUUAUAAAAAGAAACAAUACAAUAAGCACUACAGUAAUAAACAUUACAGAUACAUUAAAUACUGCAGUUAUAAAUAUUACGGAAACCAUUUGUACUACAGUUACAAAUAUUACUGAUACAAUAAAUACUACGGUUAUAAAAUAUUUCAAGUACAAUAGAUACGCAACAGUUACAAAUGUUACAGACGCAAUAAAUACAUCAGUAGCAAAUAUUACAGAUACAAUAAAUACUAAACUUACAAACGUUAUAGAAUCAAUAAAUACUUCAUUUACAAACAUUGCAGGUGCAAUAAAUACUGCAGUCACAAACAUAUAUGAUAAAUUAAAUACUGUAUUUACAAAUAUUACAGAUUCAAUAAAUACUACAGUUACAAAGACUACAGAUUCAAUAAGUACUACACUAAUAAACAUUAUAGAGACAUAA